GAAAAAUUGGAGAAAAUUUAUUUUGACACAUCAUUACAACAAUUGAACAAUCUCACUUUCGAAGCAAAAACCUUAUAUUUACUAAAAAAAUAUUUCAACAUAUUAAAUUAAAAUGCAUUGUUUUAAAAAUAGCAUUAUUACGAAAUAGUCAUUUCAUUAGGUUUUAGUUUAAAAUCAGACAAUGUAUAUUUUUAAUAUAAAAAACACAUAAUUCUUAUUAAAAUAGUUAAAGUAAAAAAACAGAAAUGUCUGAAGUUAAAGGAACUAAAGCUUUGGAACUGUGGUGCAAACGCUUAGUAAAAGAUUGUCCCGAAGUGCAGAUAGAUAAUAUGACGACAUCCUGGAGAAAUGGCAUGGCAUUUUGUGCUCUCGUUCACCAUUUCAGACCAGAUUUAAUAGAUGUAUCAAAGCUGAAGCCUGAAAAUAUAUAUGAAAAUAAUCAGUUGGCUUAUAGUAUUGCCGAAAAACAUUUAGGGAUUCCAGCUCUUCUAGAUCCUGAAGAUAUGGUGGAAAAUGAGGUUCCAGAUAGAUUAUCGAUAUUAACCUAUUUAUCUCAGUUUUAUCAACGCCUUGGUCAUACUGUUAACACAAAAAUAUCUGAAAAUGAAACUAAAGUAACUUCAUCGUCAACAGCUAGUCAAGGAUCAACUCCAAUCAAAUUUGGAAAAGCAGCUUUAGAUAAAUGUGCGGCAUGUGGGUUGCCCGUAUACUUAGCACAGAGACUUAUGGUGUCACAGAAGCUCUAUCACAGAAGAUGUUUCCGAUGCUCAAAAUGCUCUGGACAUUUAAACCCAAAAAAUUUUCAUGUUAUUGAUCCAUCUAGUUUUUCUUGUGAUUCCUGCAAAAAUGAAAAAACUCUACCUAAAUUCGUAAAUAAUAAUGACCAAAUAGGAAUGCUGGCUAUUGAUAGUGAUAUGAGCUCAAGUCCAGUAAUAAUGAGAACUGAAGAGCCAGUAAGUUCAAAAGGCAAACCGAGACCACAAUCAAUAUUAGAAAAAAUCAACAUGUUUGAAAAGAAUAUAGAAAAAGAUUCAAGUUUUGAAGAUAAAUUAGGAAAUAAUAGUUUAAAAGAAAAUUGUAGUAAUAAGUAUAAAGAAGUAUUAAAUUUAAAUGAAACUGAUAAUUCUAAUAAUAAAGAGAAGCAAAAUAUUGAUGAAAAUGGAUUCAAAAUAGAAUUAGAUGAAAAAGAAGAUAAUAAUUUAAAAACUGAUGACACAUAUAAAAAUCUGCCAGAGAAAGUAUACAAAAGUAAUAAGGACAAGUUUAAUUUUUUACAAACACAACUAUCGGAUGAUACAAUAGACUCUGAUAACACUAUAAACAGUUUAAAACAAAAUGACGCAAUAAAUAUAAAAGACACUGACACUGAAAAUACUCCUUUAAUAAAUGAAAACAAUGAGAUAUCAUUUAAUAUUGAAAAUGAUAAUAAUGUGACAGAUGAUAGCAGAAUAGCUCAAGAUAACAGUAUAUCUACAAAUUUAGACAUUUCAUCAUUAGACAUAAGUGAACCAAAUAAAAUUGAACCAGAAAUUACCAUAAGUGUACCUCCUAGAAGGAAAAAACAAAAUAACAUUGAGAAGAAAUUAAAAAAUGAACCGAAAACUUCAAAAUUAGUCAAAGAAUAUCCAGAUCAUUUAAACCCGUUUUCUGAGGAUGAAGAUGAGGUAUGUGUACAACAGGCAGUGACUCAAAAAGUCAGCACAAAUCCAUUUGGUAGCAGUGAUGAUGAAGUAGAUGAAGUUUCUUCAAUUCAACAAACACCAAAAGUACCCGAGGGUCCGACUUCAACACCGUUAAAACGCCACAUUAAAGCCUAUAACCCCUUUUGGUCUGAUGGUGAGGAACCCUCUACUGAUGAAGAGUUAGAUAACAAAAGCUCAAGCAUGCACAAGUCACCGCUAACGACCAGCACACCGAAUCUACCGUCUAGUACGCCGAGGCGAAGGAAACCCAAAGCACCACCACCGCCAGUAAUAAUCGCUGAACAUUUAGACGCUCCUUCGACGUCCAUGGAUGAUGUCGCCAGCAUAUCAUCGUUCAGCUCUCACACGUCUACCAUACACUCUGAUCAGAAAUCAUUCGGCGUAUCGACACCUAGGAUGAAGAAAAAGCGUCCAGCGCCCACACCGCCCGACAGUCUGUCGACAGUCUCAGGAUGCGGCGAGUCGGUCGAGAAAGGCGUCGACUCACUGGAUCUACGUAACACAUCUGACGGUGUGCGGCGAGCGAAGGGCCCGGCGCCGGGGCUGCCGCUGCCGGAGCGGCGCGAGGUGAGGCUGCAGCUGUCGGCCGAGGAGCUGCAGCUGCAGCUCGACAUGCUGGAGACGCAGCAGCUCGGCCUCGAGCGGCAGGGCGUGCUCGUCGAGCGCAUGAUACGCGACAAGUGUGAGGGUGACGACGGGCCGACAGCGCCGCAAGAAGAAAUAGAAGAUCUCGUUAUACAACUUUGUGAACUUGUCAAUGAGAAAAAUGACCUGUUCAGGAAACAAACGGAGUUAAUGUACAUACGAAGGCAACAGAGACUGGAGCAAGAGCAAGCUGAUAUUGAACAUGAAAUCAGGGUGAUACAAUCUCGACCAGCCGUCAACCGCAUAGAUGCAGAUAAGGUGCGCGAGGAGCGGCUGGUGGCGCGGCUGGUGGAGAUCGUGCGGCUGCGCGACGAACUGGUGCAGCAGAUCGACGCCGAGCGCCGCCGCGAGCGCCAGGAGGACCUCGCCAUCGCCGCUUCCAUCGCCUGCAAGCGUGCACAAAGAAACAGCGAGUCAAACAGUUCAUCAAUGAAAUCUGCAGAUGCUGUAACACCAGGGAAGAAAAAUAAAGUAAAAGACAAGGUUAAGAAACAAUUGAAAAAGGCAAAACACACUUUAAUAUCCAAGAAAAAGGAUGAGGACAAACCGGACAAAGAAAAAAAAUCAAAAUGAUUUUAAUAGGUACUAUUAAUAAUGGUUCUUAAUAAUAACUAACAUAUCCUCUAAGUGGAAAUGACUUUAUUAUUAAGAUCUUGUAAAAUUGUAUAAAAGGCGCAUAAAGUACUUAAAAAGACUGAAACAUUCCACUAAAAUUGUAGAUUACAUGUCAGAAUUAUAACAAGAAAAUUUUAUUUUAUGGAACAACUAAUUAAAAAAAAAAACGCUGUAAAGAGAAGCAGAAGAGCGUUUAGAAAUUUUCAUUCCUUGAGUGCAAAGGUAUUAACAAUAUGAGCUAAACUCAGAAAAUCAUAAAAAUAACAUAUACGUAAUUUAUUAAAUAUAUUUUAAAAUUAGAAAUCAUCGAACCCUUACAGAUACAUUCAAAAAGUUUCAACUAAGAUUAUCAAAAUAAUCUUUAUCCACUUCAGAAUCUCGAUAUUGCCUAUUAGCAUGUAUUCAACAUAUUAUACAAAAAUAGAAAUUUAUCCUUUUGCAAUUUAUAUACUGUGCCAUUUAUUUAUUGAUAUUAUGAACACUGAUCCAGAUAUCCAAAUUGUUAACUUCAAUUAAGUUUUCAUUUACUUAUCUUUUAUAUGUAAAUAGUUUUAAAAAAGUCUAAAAAAUUAUUAUAGAGGUACCGAUUAAUAAAACCCAACUUUGAAUUUUUUUUAGAUAUUUAGAUAUAUUAACAUUUCAUUCGUUAUUGUUUAAAUUCCUUAUUAGACAAGCUUUACGCACAUAGUUUUUGUUUAUGUUAUUAUAGUAUUUAGUUUAGUUUUAUUAAAUUUAAUCUAAGGCUUCACAUCUUUAACCGUUAAGUAAGUAAGCCUUCUCCGAUAAUAACAAACUUUUGUGACACUACACAAGAUUACAAGAAUAAUAAUUAUAACUUUGUUUCUUAACAUGUAAAUUAUCACCACUAUUUAAAUUAUAUUCAUGCGGAAGGACAUUAAUUUCUUUUCUUUACAGCACUGUAAAAAAACAGUAAUAAUAGUAUACAGUGAAACAAAUAUAUCUACUUAUAUAUAUUGUCUUUUGUCAAUAUUUUUUUCUUUUAUGCCAUAUAUUUACUAUUUAGGUAGGUAUUUAAUCGUAAUACCAAUGACUAAUGAUAUAUCUUAACAAUUUAUAUAUUUCUUCGAAUCUAUUGUAUUAAAUUUUAAUAGUUUUGCAGAACACUUUAAAAGGUGUCAUUUUAUUUUAUGCGCAAAGGUGAGCCAAAUUAAAUGAAAUAUGUAAAUAAAAAUGUGCUGUAUACAGACAUUUAGGCAAUAAAACGCUACUACACGUGAAAAAAUAUAAGAAUUGCUUUAUACAAAAAUUAAAUCAAAUGUAUAAAUAAAUAUUCAAAAUAGUUAUUUACAUCUGUUAAAAACGCAGAGCUUUAUAAUACUCGUUUUUUUUUUUAAGUUCUUUUGCUAUACCUAUAUUUUUCUGCUAUAACGUUUACAUUUGUUACAAAUAUUAAAUGUUAUUUUAUACAUUAUACAUACUAGGUACUACGAAAUUAACACCAUAUCACGAUGACGAUAGUCUCGAAUUUUUUAACGUACGUAAGUGCACUUAAUGCUAAAACUCAUAAAUGCACAAAUUGAAUAAACUUUAUUUUUAACAUU